AUGUUGCUUGAAUUCCUCUACGAGGCACCUAACAACUUGUCACGUAUGCGAGCGCAAGCACACGAACCGCGUCUGCGAGCAAACGGAAAAUCGGGUAUACUGCCGAGUAGUAACAAAAAAUGGUUCGCAUAUUUAGGAAAAAUGGAUCCGUUUGUGGAACAGCAAGGUCUAGCAACGUCAAGAAUUACACAGAAAAUUAGUGGAUAUAGUGUGAAAGAGAAAAAAAGAGACAGAAAGAAGAAAAAUAAGCCAUAA